AUGCGAGGGUUUUUGGUGUUGCUGGUGAGCGCCGUCAUCACAGGAAGUGUCUCUCUGUCCCGGUUGACUUUAAACGUCUCCAAGGAGGUGAAAGUUCUCAGAGGACAAGACGCUCUUCUGGGCUGCAACUUCACUCAUCCUAUGCAGGCUAACUUCAUCGGAAACAUUCAAGUGAGCUGGUCCAGAGAAGCUGGACCUUUUUUUGCGUGUGAAGUAAACUCGACAGCCCCGGAACCAUACUGCUUGAACGUGGAGGGCUACUCGUUGGUCGGCGACCUCCGGCAGGGGGUGUCGUGGCUGCUUAUUAAAAAGGCCUUGCUUCAGGAGGGUGUGUACUUUUGUAAAGUGAACAUGGAAAAUGACCAAGCGCAGGAGCAGUUGACUCUGAAAGUACAAGUGAUGCCUUCAAUCCUGAGCCUAUCAUUGGUCAACGUCGGCCCCGGCAACCAAACGAGGUUGCAGUGCGUGGCCGAGGGCAACCCGCUACCCGACAUCACCUGGCUGUCGGAAUCCGGGCGUCCGUUAGCGUUGGCGCUAGCCGCGAAUGUGCGGACCUCUCUGGCGGGGCCCAACCGACUAAGCAGCUCGGUCCCGUACGAGCAGCAGGGGGAGCUCACGUGCAGGGCGAAGAGUGAUUUAGGGCAGGUUGAGCUGAAGCACCGCCCCCCAAUUUCGUUGAGAGAAAGCAGGAACCAGACGGCCGUGGUGUGCGCCGGGGUCGCUGCGGCGUUGCUGAUGUUGGUCGCGGUUGUUGUCCUGGUGCAUCGUUUGAUGGUCAAAGGUGAGGUGAUGAUGUCAUCAGAAAGGGACAUCAUUUGA